CCCAAAAAAUUAGAGAGGCACGUCACCGGGAUCCGGAGUGUGGUGUUCGGUCUAUGGACACAACCCCCAUUUCUCCUUCCAGGUUUCUGAGAGAAAAUUCAAACACGUAUCACAGGGAAACGCAGCUGAAGAAGAAGAAGAACCUAGCCAGGACCAGAGGAAUCUAAUUAAUUAGACAUGAGAGGGUAAAACGAGAUAAAAAGGUGAAGUUGGACAUGUCGUCAAGGUCGCUGAUUCACCGCAUAACUCCAUUUUUUGCUGCUCGAUUACGAGAGAACCAGAGAAUCCUUAGCUUCUCUUCUGCUUCUGCUCUUAACGAAGUUGCUUCUUCUUCUUCUUUGUCUUCUUCUUCUCAGUCGGCAUCUCCUUCUUCUGAUGAUGUGCACAUGACCGAAAAUUGUAUCACAAGAAUGAAGGAAUUGCAAGCCAGUGAAGCAUCAGAAGAGGAGAAAAUGCUCCGUUUGGGUGUAGAAACUGGUGGAUGCUCUGGGUUCCAAUAUGUUUUCAAUCUAGAUGAUAAAACCAACUCAGAUGACAGGAUUUUUGAGAAGGAUGGAGUUAAAUUGGUGGUAGAUAAUGUGUCAUACGAUUUUGUAAAAGGGGCAACUAUUGAUUAUGUUGAGGAGCUGAUUCGUUCUGCAUUUGUGGUGACUACAAAUCCAAGUGCAGUGGGUGGAUGUAGUUGUAAAAGUUCCUUCAUGGUGAAACAAUAGUUUGUGCACGCAAACGUUCUUGGUUCAACAUUACUUCCCACAUAAUUUAGUCAAUUUUUCUACAUUAUUAACACCAAUGUUUUAAACACUAUAAUUAUAUCCCUGAUUUAAAAUCUCUUUGUCAGACUAUAGCAAGGGUUUGUUCUCAUUCGCCCUAUUUCUGUUAUGCUCUAUUUGUAUUUAAACAUGUCUUAUGUUCUGAGAUCACAAUAAAACUUAACCAUUUCUAGUCCA